ACGGAAUCGGACGGGUAACAGAAUUUAACACUGGCCCAAUGGUAAGCUUUGCGUUCUCGGCGUCCCGCCUACGACGAACCUGAUUGGCCAAGCCCUGCCGUUAACCAAUCCACAGCGUAGCGAACGUUAGCUACAUCAGAAGCUCAGCAGAUUUGAUGCAGACAACAGUUACCUCCCUCGCUGGCCACAACCAUAGACUGUAUAUAAAAAGGCCACAACCAACCGAGUUUUUUAGAAGAUUGUUGCACACCUCUGCUGAAUGUCUUUGAUGUAUGCAUGAGGGAGGAUUUCCUGAAGACCAAAGAGGCCAUUACCCAGGGGCCAUUAGGCCUCUAGUAGAGCAUGUCGAUGAGUGCUGAGUCUUGCUCUGUUUUCACAUGCAGCCACUUUUCUAUAGCAAGGGGAGUGAGUCAUCAUCAUCAUCAUCAUCAGGAUGAAAUGCUCUGACAUUUGAGCACAAAAGUCCCAGAGUGCCUUGCGGCCCAGCAUCGCUGGCAGAGCACCUGCGUGAUCCCUGACUGACUGAGCCAAGGACAACACGCCACAAGACCGGCAGUUUCUGCCUGUGCCUAGCAAAUGAGCUGCGAAACGUAAGACUUGCCUAAGAGCUGCCGAGUGUCCUGAACCUGGGCUUUGACUGGGAGACAACUGGAAAAAAACCUAAAGCCUUGAGCACCUUCACCCCUAUUCUGUGUUUUGCAAAGGUGCAAGUACGUCACGUCUAUACUAUGCCCUCCAGUUGAAAUGGGAAGAUCAGAGAACAAACAGCAGUGCAGGAAAAGCUAAUAAGACAGGAUGGAAACACUAUUGGUGUCGUGAUCAGCUUGAUUGGAUUGUUACAUCGAAGAGAGUGGGAGAAAAAAAGGAGCAAAUGUACGCGGCGGCGUUGAGAGAGGGAGGACAGAGAGUGCGCAAAUAGGCAGCCAGACACAGCAGCAGCAGCGGCAGAGCAUCUUCCUGAUCCUGAUCUCCAGUGUCUUCAGGUGCCAAUCCUCUGUGCGUCUCCGAUUGAGAUUUCACUGCCGGCUGAAGUGUCCAGAAGCCUCCGCCAACCAUCACCUCCCACCACACACUUUAUCUGGAGCUCGGUUAUUCUUAGCUCAUCUGCGAGAGACUGUCCUUCCGGUCCUUCUCAAAUUUAUCCCAGUUUCUUGAAUAUUUAAUGGAAAAUGGCGAUCUGCGCGCAGUCGUACGGUGUUUUCUGCCUUCUGACAAUCCAAACUGUACUUAUCAUAUGCGUCUCCACGCCGACAGACGGGACCCACCUCUUCCCCCAGCACUAUACAAUGAUUCACUGGGCCGGACGCAUUGAGAAGGAGCUGGAAAAGGUUCUGCAGCACGUCACCGGAACUCAGCAGAUGAGAUCGAUUUAUAAUGAGAAAAAGAGCCAGUUUGAAAUCAAGAGAAACAGCCCCAAGGACUUGGUGGAGAGAGUGGCACGGGACAUCUCCAAGCUGCUCAACAGUAAAAGGAAAGCCCUGGAGAAACUGGCCAGGGAAGCGGAGCAGCUACAGAAGGAGCAUGUAUGGCAAGACGGUGUGACGGAGAAUGCCAUUUCAUACUACGAUUCCAAAGCGGAUUCAGACUAUGCGGAAGAUGGAGAAGAGGAGAACCCGCUGGAGAGCUCGUUGUCUUUGGAGCUGGAGUUUGUGGACGCUCCCAAUUUUAAAAACAAGGUCAACUACUCUUCCAGUGCGGUCCAGAUUCCCACAGACAUAUACAAAGGCUCUCCAGUCAUCCUAAAUGAGUUAAACUGGACCCAGGCGCUGGAGAGGGUCUUCAUUGAAAACCGUCGGGAGGACAGCUCUCUGCGCUGGCAGGUGUUUGGCAGUGCCACAGGAGUGACACGAUACUACCCAGCCACUCCAUGGAGGGCGCCCAACAAGAUUGACCUGUACGAUGUCCGCAGAAGACCAUGGUAUAUCCAAGGUGCAUCGUCUCCAAAGGACAUGGUCAUCAUUGUGGACGUGAGUGGAAGUGUCAGCGGACUCACUCUGAAGCUGAUGAAAACCUCUGUAGUGGAGAUGCUGGAGACACUAUCAGAUGACGACUAUGUGAAUGUGGCCAGGUUCAACGAGAAGGCAGAUGCAGUUGUUCCCUGCUUUAGGACUUUGGUCCAAGCCAAUGUUCGGAACAAGAAGAUCUUCAAGGAGGCCGUCAUGCAUAUGCAAGCCAAAGGAACCACAGAUUACAAGUCUGGCUUCACAUUUGCCUUUGAACAGCUUCUCAAUGAGAGCAGUGCCCCGAGGGCCAACUGCAAUAAGAUGAUAAUGAUGUUUACAGAUGGCGGAGAGGAUCGUGCACAGGAAAUCUUUGAGAAGUACAACUGGCCCAACAAAACGGUUCGUGUGUUCACCUUCUCUGUCGGUCAGCAUAAUUAUGAUGUCACCCCAUUGCAGUGGAUAGCUUGUGCCAAUAAAGGUUACUACUUUGAAAUUCCAUCGAUUGGAGCCAUCAGAAUCAACACGCAGGAGUACCUGGAUGUCCUGGGUCGCCCCAUGGUGCUGGCUGGACCUAGAGCCAAGCAGGUGCAGUGGACAAACGUCUACCAGGAUGCUCUGGGUUUGGGCCUUGUCAUCACGGGGACGAUGCCAGUCUUUAACCUCACUGCUGACACUGUGAGCUCUCAGAAUCAGCUCAUCCUCGGAGUCAUGGGAGUAGAUAUUGCAAUCAACGAAAUCAAAAAGAAGACACCUACAUACAGACUUGGAGCCAAUGGCUACACUUUUGCCAUCGACCCAAAUGGCUACGUGCUGCUGCAUCCCAACCUGCGACCCAAAAUCAUUAACUUCAGGGAGCCUGUCACUCUGGACUUUCUGGAUGCAGAGCUGGAAGACAGCAACAAGGAGGAGAUCCGUCGACAGAUGAUUGAUGGCAAAUCAGGGCAAAGGAAAAUCAAGACGCUCAUUAAGUCAGUUGAUGAGAGGUACAUCGACGAGGCCAUUCGGACGUACACAUGGACGCCUGUGGAGGGUACAGAUUACAGUCUAGGGUUGGUGCUGCCCACAUAUAGUGAGAACCACAUCAAGGCCAACCUGAGUGACCAGAUCCUUCAGGUGCAGUAUUUUGAAUCACUGCUGCCAAACAGUUUUGAGUCUGAAGGACAUGUAUUCAUUGCUCCCAGGGAGUACUGCAAUGAUCUGGAGCUGUCCAACAACAACACCGAGUUCCUGCUCAACUUCAUCGCUCUCAUGGAGAAGGUGACACCGGACUCCAAACAAUGUGACAAUUUGCUCCUUCAUAACCUGAUUCUGGACACCGGCAUCAUAAGGCAGCUGGUCGAGAAAGUGUGGAAGAAUAAAGAUUUGAAUACAUAUGGCUUUCUGGCCGUGUUUGCUGCAACAGACGGAGGUGUAACAAGAGUGUUUCCGAACAAGGCGUCAGAAACCUGGGAGGAAGAUCCUGAGCCGUUUAAUGCCAGCUAUUACCGCCGCAGUCUGGACAACAAGGGCUACAUCUUCCGAGCUCCUUAUCGAACAGCCAGGGACGACCUUCUGAACCCAGAGAACGACACCAUAGGAAUCCUGGUCAGCACGGCGGUGGAGAUCACAGUGGGAGGGAAGACCAUCAAACCUGCAGUGGUUGGAGUGAAACUAGACCUCGAAGCCUGGACGGAUAAGUUCAAGAUUCUUGCCAGCAACCAUACAGACAACCGUCAAGGACAAAAUACGUGUGGACCAAACAGGGGCUGUGAAAUGGACUGCGAAGCCAACAGUGAGGACCUCCUGUGUUAUUUAAUAGAUGACGGUGGAUUCCUAAUCAUGUCUAAUCAGAAGGAUGACUGGAACAAGGUGGGCAUGUUCUUCAGUGAGGUCGAUCCCUUCUUGAUGUACGCCCUCUACAACAAUUCCUUCUACAACCGCAAGCAGUCAUUUGACUACCAGUCUGUGUGCGAACGGGUGCCCAACAGUGAAGCUGGAGCUGCACCCAGAGGAGUCUUCGUGCCCACAAUUGCAGAUUUUCUAAACCUAGCGUGGUGGACAUCAGCAGCUGCAUGGUCCUUGUUUCAGCAGUUUAUAUAUGGACUGGCUUAUCACAGUUGGUUUGUCACAGAUGAGGUGGAUGCAGAAGGAUUCGACUUAAAAGAGCGGAGUUGUGUAAUGAUCCAGACCCAGUUCUACUUAAGUAAUCUCAGCAGUUCCUACAACAUACUGCAAGACUGUGGCAACUGCUCCAGGCUGUUUCAUGCCAAGAGGAUAAACAACACCAAUUUGCUGUUUGUGGUGGCAGAGAAGAUCCCAUGCAACACCUGCGAGAUAGAGAAGCUGUCCCAGGAGGAGGAGGAGUACAAGGAAGAAAAUCCAUGUGAAGAAAUGACUGUGGCACGCUAUCGAAAAGGGCCCUCCACCUGCUUUGACAACAACGUCUCUGAGAACACGUCAGACUGUGGACGAGGAUACUCCUUCCGUCCGUCCCUCUACACCUUACUGCUCAUUCAGCUACUUCUGCUGUAUCCGGCCUUCAGCCCCCACAUUCACUCUCUUCUACAUUAAUUCCAUUUUCCUCCACUUCUGCUCCCAAGCUUGUUUCCCGACCUAAACCCGUCUGACCCAACCUCCACGCCCCUAAGCCCCUCUCCCUGAUAUAGUCAUAGGUAAUAAUGGGACUUGCCAUCACAGCAAGUUGGAAGCCCUGAGUGCCCCGCUAACCAGCUCGCUUCAGUCCGUGUCGCUUAGUGACAACUGCCGGACGUUUGUGUCCUCAGCCAGUUAUUCUUCAUCUGCAGGAAGAGUGGGUGGACCACCUGGAUCAUCCGACUCCCGCUCCCCCCCCCUACCCCGCCCAGCCACCCACCUCCAACCAAACAGAGAAGGAAGAGGAAAGAGGACAGAUCAACGUUCUCCACAAAGACCUCCCGCCUCACACAGACUGGAGAGCUGAGGUCGUCUGUCCGCCAACGCCUCUGUUUGUCAGACAGACGGUGGGACUUCUCCUCCUUCUUCUCUCUUCCAUCACACCGCUAUGUCACUCACCUCUCGUAAGAGGCCGCGGACCAUUCAGCCAGUUAAAGCCACCAUAAAAGAAAAUAACAGAAAAAAAAAAGAAAAAAAAAAAGGACUGUCAAGUAUACAAAAUGUCAAGUAUAAACUGCUAAACUAAAAGUGAUGAGUAAUCUAAACAUACAGUACUUUUUGGUUGUUAAUUUGAAAAGGAAGUCGUUAGGUGUUAACUUAAAAAGACAUGAAUUCAUUUAUGCACUAUAUCUACUUGCCAAAAUGAGAUAGACUUUCAUGUGGUCUUAUUUUUAUAGCCAAACACGAAGAGGAAACUGCUUCUGAUUUAGAAUUUAGGGAAAACCAUGAGAGGAAGAGGAGACACUCAGAAACUGAAAGCUGAUUCAUUUUGUGCAGCGCAUAAUUACAGAUUAAUGCUUUUAAAAGACGUCUACUGGGGAUUAUUGUAAUUACAUGAUGAUAAUCGCAUUUCUUGAAGUACUUUUCUCUUAUAUUCCCUAUUAAAGGCUAGUGCUGUCUGGCUCACACGUUAGUGACAGCUGUGAAAUAUGAAUCAGUGUUCGGUUACUGCGGCUUUGGAGCAUUGUUGAUGUUGUGUAGUAUUCUCCUUUAUGAUCAAUCGACCAUUCUGACCUCCUGUUUGGACUGAUGUUAAAAAAAAGAAACCUCUGUGCUCUCUGAUUGCAAAAGCUCACCUCUGCCAAUCCUCAUGAGGCUUCUCCAGUAACCUAAUCACGAUAUGUAUUAUGUGCUUUACUUCUGUUCACAUAACAGACAUACCAAGAUCUCUGCCUCAUGACCGUCUCAUAGUAGUUCUAGGUGGGGUAUUUUCUUCUUUUUUUUUGUGGGGGGUGGAGGGCUUGUAUUACCUUUGACUGAUGCUGUUCAAACUUCAAAACCAUUCGCUGCUGGGGGAUAGGGGCUUAUCAACAUCUCCAACAAAAGUGCAGAAGAGGCAACUAAAUAUGGUGAUCACGUACAGUAGUAGUCUGGUUGUAAUCUGUCACAGUUCAUCAUUUGAUCAUUACGAUGUGUGAAAAGUCAUUUAGACUCCCAUGUUUAGGAGCCGCUCUGUUUCAUAGUGCCUUGAUGCACUUUGUUUUGGACCACAUCGGCUGUAUAAGAGUAGAGCUACUGUAUAGUACCUUUAUAAAGCAGCUAUCUUUGAGGCUUUGGAUAACACAGGAGCCCGUGAGACUGAAUCUGUUGGCUAUAGAAAUAGCUUUACACAGAGCCAAGGCGCUCUAGCUUAAUGUAUUUGCCCUCUCGGCUGUGGUUGCUGUACCCACUCCAGAGCCACCUGACUGCCAUUGUAUGAAGUUACUAUACCGUUCCUUUACAAAGCCAUGUAUAGAGCUACGAUACACUAUCAGUAUACAGCGACUUACCUGGCCAUAGAGUGUUUUUAGGGCCACCUGACCGCUACAGAUCUGCCUGAAUCGUAUGUGUUUGUUUGUUUGAUGUGUGUGUGUGUGUGUGUGUGUGUGUGUGUGUGUGUGUGUGUGUGUGUGUGUGUUAAUUUUAGUUUAAAACCCCUCAAAGGGAAUGUCUUUUUAAAUGAGUUGUGGAGUGUAUGAGGGAUGACAGUUGUGUAGCAUAGUGUGUGUGGGGGGGGUUCCUGUUGCUUUGCAGUGGACAAAAUCCAGUGUUGUAGAGAGAAAAAAAGGGAUUUUACUGAAACAAAAAGAAUCCAUCAUCAGUCUGCCUAAAUAUUAAUCAAAGGGAGCAGAGGUGUCCGAAAGAAUGUGUAGUUUAUCAGUGUUUCCGCUUCAAAUGCAACAUAGUUACAAAGCCUCUCUAAAUGCCUUAGUGUUACGGAGCUCUCAUAUGUCCCCCGCCAUCAUCUACUCUCACAAAUAGAUCCUCCAAAAUAUUCACUCCCACUGAGUUUUCUUGGUGUUCUGCAGUAAGUGUAGUGAGCUCUAAUUUGAGUAUUUGUACGUCUUGGAAUGAUUUGCUUUGAUUGAUUGAUGCCUGUUCGAUUUUAAAAUGCUUGAAAGCAGGUGGGAGUUUAAAACUUUCAAAA